CGGGUCAUUCCUUUUGUCAGCAGCUGGGAAGCGGCUGCUCGCAUUUCUCCUUCGGCUCUCGUUCGGACUGAACACUCUCGUCAUAACCUCCGCCUUCCGACUCCUGACAACUGAAUUUAACCAGCUACUGGAAAUAUCAGACGCGAGCCACUGUGUUGAGUCAUGGCUACCAGAUUCUUGCUGCUGCAUCAGGGCAGACCAGAGCGCUUUGAACGUUCACCUCGUGGGACAAGUUCAGGCGUAAAGGCAAGACCGGCAGAGACACAGCCUGUCGUACUAAGACCUGAACAACGCAGGCGUGGGAGAAGAGGGGAGAAGGAGCCGGGAAAGCAGGUGUUGUUUGGAGAUGACAUGAAGAAGGUGGAUAAAAGUUACUAUAAGGCUCAGAAACUUCUGCUGACGAAGGCUGAUCACAAAGCACUACAUGGUCAGGUCGAGAAAAGAAUGGCAGAAGAGAGGAAAUAUUCUGAAGAGCUUUCCAUUCACCGACCGGAGAUCGUAGUCGGACUGAGAGCACACACGGUGUGGGAGAAGAUGAACGUCACACUUUCCUGUAUCGUCCAGGGAGCUCCAAACCCUCAGGUGCAAUGGUACAAGGAUGGAAUUCUGAUUAAACCAGAAGAUGUUCCAGGAAAGUACACAAUUGAGAACAAAGUUGGUUUACAGAUACUUGAGAUUAGUAGAUGCAGCCCAAAGGAUUCCGGCGAGUAUUCCGCAAUAGCCACAAAUCCCCACGGAGAGGCAAUGUCUUAUGCUACAGUCCUUGUGAACAAACAUGAAGGCUCAGACGCAGGCAGUGACUCUGUUGGGCUGGAAGCCAGUCCAACUGUGCCGGUUUUUGACAUUGUUGACGGGUUUGGAGCUUCAUUUGGUAAGGAGGGUGGAUCUCUAACCCUGAGCUGCAUCUUUUCAUCGGCCUUGAUGGGUCACCUGAGAGAGAUCUGCUGGCUUCAUGAUGGAAUUCCAGUGAAGGAGUCUAAUUUGGUGAAGAUUAAGACCUCGGAGUAUUCCACCACACUGACCCUCACUCACAUCUAUAAGGAGGAUGAGGGUCUCUAUAGCAUGUGCCUCCUCACAGGGGCAGGUUACAAGGAACAUAGUGGAUAUGUCUUUGUGAGAGAUGCCUCAGCAGCAGUACCUGGAGCAGCCGGCUCUCCUCUGGACGUGGAGUGUCAGGACGUUAACAAGGAUUACGUGCUUGUUACCUGGGAACCACCCAGCGCAGAGGGAAGGAGUCCAGUGACUGGUUACUUCAUCGACAGGAAGGAGGUGGGGAGUGACGAGUGGUUGACGUGCAAUGAAACCCCCGAGAAAUUAUGCAAGUUUCCCGUCCUGGGUCUCUCGGAAAACCGAACGUAUCAGUUCCGUGUCCGGGCUGUCAACAGCGCAGGCAUCAGCAGACCGUCACGUGUGUCUGAGCCAGUGACCACGGUCGAUACUUCAGCUGCAACCAGGAUAAUGUAUAUCCAGACCGACAGAGGUGAGAUUGUGAUUACCAAAGAUGAACUUGAAGGAGAUGUCCGCAUCCCACUGCCUCCAACCAAACUCCGGGUUUCCGAAGUCGGACAAACAUACGUGGCUCUUUGCUGGAACGAGCCGAGCCCUCGAGGGAGAGAACCCCUGACCUACUGCGUGGAAAAGUCUGUGGCUGGAAGCAACAGUUGGCAACGAGCAAGCCUGGACAUCACUGUGAGCUGCCCGAGAUUUGCAGUCACUGACUUGGACAAGACGACAUCGUACUGCUUCCGGGUGCGCGCCGCCAAUAAGUAUGGCAUCAGCGAGCCGUCCCAACCUUCUGCGGUCAUUCGGUUUGGACAGACACCAGCUCCUCCAUCUCCACCACACAGCAUCGUACCUGUCCGAGACACAAAGACGUCUGUGGCCGUUCUGUGGGAAGGCCCUGAAGAUGAAAGUGAACUGAUCGGUUUCUAUGUGUAUGCUUGUCAAGUUGGGACCAACAACUGGGAAAUCUGUAAUAACAAGCCUGUGAAAUCAAAGAGUUUCAAAGUGCAUGGUCUCAUACCAGGGAAGGAAUAUGUAUUCCGUGUGAAAUCCAUCAGUCCAGCUGGACUCAGUGACUACUCCGUUGAAUCAACACCAAUCAUUGUCAACAAUCCCAUCUUUCUUCCGUCUGCUCCUUACGGCCUGACACAGCUGAGCUCUGGAAGGACUGAAAUGGUUAUUGCCUGGAAGGAGCCCAAAUUCCCGAUUGGACCCGAGGUUUUGGGAUAUUUCCUGGACUGCUGUAAUGCGGCGCUGGCUGACUGGCAUGAAGUUAACAUUAAACCCAUAAAGACCAGAUUCUACAAGGUGAAGAACCUAAGAGAAGGUUGUUUCUACGAGUUCCGUGCCUUUGCCAUGAACUGGGCGGGUGUGGGACCGCCGUCGGCAGUCAGCGACCAGUUUAAAUGUGAACUGUGGACCACGCCACAGCCCGGGCCACCGUUUGACGUGAUAUUCUUGGAGGUUCGCAGCAACUCCCUGUUACUAAAAUGGCAGCCUCCACUCUACACAGGGAAGGACUGUGUAACGGGCUAUCUCGUUGAGAUGUGUGAGGCAGACGGAGGAGAGUGGACACUCCUAAGUAAAAAGCCAACGCCUCACAUGCACAUGAGGGUUUCUCAGCUGAUAGAAGGCAAAACUUACAUUUUCCGUGUGUCAGCACUGAACUCCAUGGGAGCCGGGGCCCCGUCUUUGCCGUCGGAUCCCGUCCGUGCAGAAACCAGACCAGGUACCACAGAGAUGAAGACGGGCGUGGACGAUGAUGGGAAUAUAUUCCUGGUUUUCCAGAACCCAGAAAUUGCCGAUGCAUCAAAGUUUAUUUGGUCCAAAGAUUACCAGGAAAUCGAAACUCCUGAGAGAGUGCAGAUUGAGACUUCGGAGGACAGGUCUAAACUCAUCCUACUUGACCCAUCUGCUCAGGACCUGGGAACAUACUCUGUGGUGGUAACCGGUACCGAUGGGGCUUCCUCCAGUCAUACAUUAACCGAUGAAGAGCUGCAAAAACUGAAGGAACUGAGCCACCAAAAAAAGCACCCACUAAUUAAUGUGAAGACUGACUGGGUCGUGGAACCGCUUGAGAAGGGAACCGUUCGACUUUGGCUGCAGGUGGAGAGUUUGACUCCUGCCGCACAGUUACGAUUCAUCUUCAAUGAAAAGGAAAUUUCAAGUACACCGACUCACAAAAUCAAUUUCGAUAAAGCCAGCGGCCUUAUAGAAAUGAUCAUUCAAAACUUCACUGAAAAAGACCAAGGCUCUUAUACAGCCCAGCUCCGGGAUGGGAAAGCUACAGGCCAGUUCACUCUGGUGCUGAUUGAAGACAGGUUCCGAGAGAUCCUAUCUCAUUGUGAUUUCCAAAGAUACGAGUGGAAGAGAAAGCAAGGGCCUUACUUUGAAAAAUUCUUAGAAUGGAAGGUGACAGAAGACUGCGGCAUCCUCUUCACCUGCAAGGUGACGAACACAAAGACCCAGACCGGCAUUCAGUGGAGUAAAGAUGGAAAGCUGCUUACAGGUUCCACUUACGAUCCCAAGACGGGCCUCAGCUCCCUCUCGAUUUCACAGAUCACGCAAAAUAACGAAGGAGUUUACAAAGUGACUGUAGCCGAUGACAGGGGAGAGGAUUCAAGCAUUUUGGAGAUGCGUAAUCAAGUGCUUGACAACGUUCUCCGGGAAGUCUGCAGAAUCAGCGCUAAUUCGGCUUCAGAAUUGAAAAUACAACCAACAGCUGAGGGAAUAAAGAUUUAUUCCUUACUAACGUGGAAUGUGGACUGCCUGAAGAAAAGCUGGUACUUAAACAACAAGAGCCUGGAGUCUCAAGACCGGAGGAGGAUUGGAUCUGAUGAUCACCAGGUCUGGUUACAGAUCUACAAUCCAACAGAGGCAGAUAAGGGUAAAUACACCCUGGAGUUAUUUGACGGAAAACAGAAACACGUCCGAGAACUGAACAUAACACAGAAAGUUUUAAAUGAAGCUAUCACAGAAUACCAAACACUGAAACAAGCAGCAUUUGCAGAGAAAAACAGAGCGAAAGUGUCGCAUGGUCUUCCUGAUGUUGUUAACGUCAUGGAGAACAAGACCCUGUACCUGUCCUGUACCAUUUCGGGAGACCCUAUCCCCGAGGUGACCUGGCUGAAAAACGACAAAGAGGUGGUUUCCGGUGAACACUGUCAGAUCUCAGUCCAAAAGACUGCCGUCACCUUCAGUAUCCAGCAGGUCACCUCCCAAGACUCUGGGAGAUACUGCCUGUUAGUGAGGAACAAACAUGGCUCCGAGACGGCGGCCGUCACGGUCGGAGUGUACAAAUGUGGCGGAGAGGCUGAGAAGGAAUAGCAGCCGCUGUUUGUUAGAAAAAUAGGUCAGACUUUCAGGAUUAGCAACGGCGGUACAUUGAAACCGCAAGGAAGCUCCAGCUCAGACCCGGUUUUGUGAAAUGCCUUGAAUUCCGGGAGAUGAUAUUUUAGUUUGUAGUGCUGUUGAUGUUUUAACUGUAGAGUUAAUGUAGAAGUUAUAGCUUAGAGCUUUGAGUGGAAUAGGAGCUAAUUUGAAGAAAUUUUAGAAUGUGUUAAGAUGGCAGAAGUCAGCUUUCAGAAUUAGUAGUGAGUGAGAGGGAGUCUUGCAUAAACUAAACAUCUGGAACUUGUUACCAGUGAAAGUAAUUGAAUGGACUUGGCUUUAAUUACAUACCUUCCUGAAGUGGGGUGAUGCUAGUGCUGUUCAGGAGGGUUUAAACUAAUUUGGCGGGGGGGGGGGGGGGUGGGGAGGGAUACAAAAUGGAGUGAUUGUGCUGAGGAUUGGGCAAUUAGUGUACAAACAGAGGCUGUGUUAGUGAGACUGCUAGCAAGGAGAGCCUGACGAAAGGGCAAAAUUGCAGUUUGCAAGAUGAGCUGCAAUGUACAAGGCGGACGAAAUCAAAGAGGGGGAAUACAGGUCUGAAAGCACAGAAUAUGGAAUGAAGUAGAUAAUCUUGUAGCAUAGUUAGAGAUUGGCAUAUGUAAUGUUGUUGGCAUCACUGAAUCAUGGCUGAAAGAAGAUUAUAGCCGGGAGUUCAAUAUCCCGCCUAUAUCAAAAGGACAGGCAGGUAGGCAGAGGGGGUGGCAUGGCUCUGUUGGUAAAAAAUGAAAUCAAAUCAUUAGGAAGAGGUGACAUAGGAUCAGAAGGUGUUGAAUCGUUGUGGGUAGAGCUAAGGAACUGCAAGGGUAAAAAGACCCUGAUGGGGGUUGUGUACAGACCCUAAACAGAAGUAAGAAUGUGGCCUGCAAGUUACAAAGGUUCAUAGGUUCUUGAUUAGUCAGGUCAUGAAGGAAUACAAAGAAAAAAGGAGAUUGGGGCUGAGAGGGAACUGGAUUGACCAUGAUGAAAUGGCAGAUGAGGCUCGAUGGGCCAAAUGGCCUAACUCUACUCCUGUAUCUUAUGAUCUUAAGGAUUGUUGGGAAUGCACCUAACGGAAGUUCUGUUGGCAAAUUCCUGUUGAGUGUUCAGGUGGUACGACCUGCCUUCCCCUAGUUACAGCCAGUCAACUCUUCCUGGAAAUGGAGGCCAGAAUAUCUCCCUCCUCGGGAGCCCCUGCAUCCACCGCCCGUUCAGCUGCCCCACCUCUGUUCUCUGGGAUGUCGGGAAAGUGAAGUGACGUUGGAAGAAAGAGGUUGCAGUCGAGAAAGGGAUGGAUACACAGACCUGCACUGGAAUUCCAGCCCUGAGGAAGGAUGGGAGACAGGUUCUGCUGUGUUUGGAAGAGACAUGUGUAGGUGUACAAAAUAACUCUGCCGAGACUUGAAAACUCACCAAGGUUCACUCCCUGGACCUGCGCCAGCUGCUCUGGAGGCUGCUUUAACAAUCAGUAACUUCUAUCAAAUAAAUCUGUCCGUUUCAAAACGGAAAUUCAUGAUCUGCUACAUUUAAUACUAAGCUAUUUUGAAAUGUAGUAAUGUAGAGGUUAGCAUAAACUGUUAGAGUGCUGAGACAAACAAUCUGCUUCUCUUUCAUACUGCAUGGUCUGUCUGACCAUUCAAGAGUUUCCCACAAUAUCAGGAGCUGAUGGAGAGAUGUGAAGAGCCAUUGACUGGAGCUUUGUCUGUACUGUUCCUGGUUCACAACUAAUGGAAGUCUGAAUCAUUAAAGAGCUGAUAAAAAUGAAAGGAAACAUUAAAUAUGAAGGCAAAGAUUUUCCUUUUGUUUCUAUGUUAUUAAGAACAAUAUUCCACUGUCUGGUUCACUCUUUCACUGUGCUGAAAGUGACCUUCCCUUUCAACGUUUUGUGACUGACCAGUAGGAAUUUGACUCCUAAAGUUAUUCACCGAUAGUGCAGCUAGGAUUAAACAAGCAGAGAUACCGACAGCAGACAGCAAACUUGGCUCUGGCUCCAGGUGAAUUACCUCUUGCCUCAGCCUGUAAAUUCAACAAUGAAGCACAAAAUUCUCACCUAAUUCUUUAAUCCCACUUUCCCUCCUAUCCACUAAAAAAGUUAAAGACACUGGGAAUUUUGUAUUUCUGUGAAUCACAAAUCCUUUAAGCAGUGGCCAGUAAUUCCGAUAACUAGGAUUAGGACAUUGACCUUGCAGGAGUAGUAAAGUUUAGGUGGAGAGCACUCUGACUAAUUGUAUCACCGUCCGUUAUGGAGGCACUCUGCACCGGGUCAGAAAAAGCUGCAGAAAAUUGUAAAACCAGUCUGCUCCAUCAUGGGCACUAGCCUCCCCACCAUCCAGGAUAUCUUCACAAGGCGCUACCUCAAAAGAGCGGCAUCCAUCAUUAAGGACACCCACCGCCUCUUACUGCCAUCAAGGGCAAAUCAAAGUAAAUUUAUUAUCAAAGUACAUAUAUGUCACCAAAAACAACCCUGAGAUUCAUUUUCCUGUGGCCAUACUCAGCAAAUCUAUAGAAUAGUAUCUACAACAGGAUCAAUGAAAGACCAACCAGAGUGCAGAAGACAACAAUCUGUGCAAAUGCAAAUAUAAAUAAAUAGCAAUAAAUAAUGAGAACAUGAGAUAAUGAGAUAAAGAGUCCUUAAAGUAAGAUCAUUGAUUGUGGGAACAGUUCAAUGAUGGGGUAAAGUGAAGUUGAGUGUAGUUAUCCCCUUUUGUUCAGGAGCCUGAUGGUUGAGGGGUAGUAACUGUUCUUGAACGUGGUGGUGCAAGUCCUGAGGGUCCUGUACCUUCUACCUGAGGGGAGAGUAUGGUGGGGAUCUCUGAUGAUGGAUGCUGCUUUCCUACGACAGUGUUUCCUGUAGAUAUGCUCAGUGAAUGGGAGGGCUUUUUCCAUGAUGUACUGGGCUGAAUCCACUACUUUUUGUGGGGUUUUCCAAUCAAAGGCAUUGGUGUUUCCAUAGCAGCCUGUGACACAGCCAGUCAGUACACUCUUCACCACACACCUGCAGAAAUUUGUCAAGGUUUUAGAUGUCAUGCCGAAUCUCCACAGACUCCUCAGGAAGUAGAAGCAGAGUUGUUCCUUCUUCACAAUUGCACGGCUCCAGGACAGGUCCUCUGAAAUAGUAACGUCCAGGAAUUUAAAGUUUCUAACCUUCUCCACCCCUGGUCCUCUGAUGAGGACUGGGUCAUGGAACUUUGGUUUCCCUCCCCUGAAGUCUAUAAUCAGUUCCUUGUCUUGCUAUCAUUGUUAUGACACCUCUCAGCCAGAUUUUCAAUCUCCCUCCUGUAUGCCGAUUCAUCACCAUCUCUGAUUUGGCCCAUGACAGUGGGCAAGCUUCAACAUGGCUCUGGAGCUGUGCUUGAAGCAGGUGGGUCCAAACACUGCCGAAGCGAGAGGUUAAAGAUCUCGGUGAACACACCGGCCAGUUGGUCAGCCGGUCAGCCGAUAGUACGCGACCAGGUGCCCUGCCCUGUCCAGUCGCUUUCCAAGGAUUCACCCUCCUGAGGGCAGCCCGCACGUCAGCUUCAGAGACUGAGACCCUGGAGGAGGUACAGGAGCCUGAAGACACAUACUCAAUGUUUUAGGAACAGCUUCUGCCAGCAGAUUUCUGAACGGUCCGUGCAUCAUUGUGCUUGUAUGCAUAAGGACUGGGCCUCAAAGCCACGGUGUCACCUAAUGGGCAUUGGGACUGGUUGAGAGAUGAUCUCAGGGGGGCUAGGAGUCUGGACUAUAUACAUGCUUAAUCUGCAUCAUUAUAUUUUGCUGAUAUUCUGUAUGGGUUUGUGACCCUGUAUGUGCAACGACUGGGCAUCAGGCUGCGGUUCUCGGGGGGGGGGGGUGCUUUUAUUCUGUGAUUGUGAUGUUGUGCACUUUGUGCUGUGUGUGACUGUUCGUACUGUGUUUUGCUCCUUGACCCCAGAGUAACGCUAUCUCGUUUGGCUGUAUUCAUGGGUAUCCAUGUAUGGUUGAAUGACAAUUAAAUUUGAAUUGAAUUGAAUUUAAC